AUGCGAGUCGACCGGGACGAGUUCAAAGAGGCGGUUGAUCGCGUUUCGACGAUUUCCUCCGAGCGCGGGCGCGCAGUCAAACUGUCUCUCGACGAAGGCCGGAUGGUCCUGACCGUCAACAACCCGGAUUCGGGCAGCGCAACCGAAGAACUGGCGGUCGAAUACGACGCAGAGCCGCUCGAAAUCGGCUUCAAUUCCCGCUACCUGCUCGACAUCGCAAAUCAGCUUGGCAGCGACACAGCCCUGUUCCGCCUUGCUGAUUCAGGUUCGCCGACGCUGAUCCAGGACAAUACGGUCGAAGACUGCCUGUUCGUCCUCAUGCCAAUGACGGCGAGAGUGACACGCCUGUCCCUGACCGACUUCCGCAACCAUGAAAGACUGUCGCUUGAUGUCGCCUCGACCAUGGUUGCGCUUGUCGGCCGCGGCCUGCGCCGCGCAACGCUCGCGGACAUUGCCCGUACCCCGGGUCCGGGCAGCUGGAGUGUUGCGGCGACAGUUGAGCUUGACGGACUGGAAACGAAGCUUGGCACAGGACUUGUCGAAGGCGCGAGCGGACGGAAGGUCCGCAUUGACGGCGAAGAUGUGCGCGGCUCGGAAACGCUGCUCGACUAUGUGCGCGUCCUCUGGCUGGUGCCCGCCAUGGACGGCCUUUUCACCGGCCCGGGCUCGGACCGGCGCAGGUUCCUCGAUCGGCUGACGCUGUCGGUCGACCCCGGCCACGGCCGCCGGGUCAGCAACUUUGAAACGGCCUUGCGUCAGAGGAACAAGCUCCUAGAACAGGGGGGGACGGAGACUUUCCUCACGGCCCUGGAACAGCAGGUCGCGGAGCUGGGCACGGCCGUCUCCAUCGCCCGCCAGGAAACGGUUGAUCUUCUGGCCCAGACGGUUGCCGAGCAGAAAACGCAGAGCCAGCCGUUUCCGCACGCUUCGCUUGACCUGGAAGGGACAUUCGAGCGCGGCACAGCCGGAAUGAACGCGGCGGACCGUGAAGAGCACUACCGCGCUUUGCUGGCAAACGGACGGGCAAGGGACCGCGCGGCCGGACGCACGCUCAACGGCCCGCAUCUCAGCGACCUCAAGGUGCGCCAUGCCGCAAAGGACAUGCCCGCCGCACUCGCCUCCACAGGAGAACAGAAGGCACUCCUGAUCGGGCUGAUCCUCGCCCAUUGCGAACUCACCGCAAAGGUCAGCGGCAUGACGCCCCUUCUGCUCCUUGACGAGGUCGCCGCGCAUCUCGAUCCGGACAGGCGGGCGGCCCUCUUUUCCAAGCUCGUGAUGCUGGGCGGACAGGUCUUCAUGACGGGCACCGACCAGGCCCUCUUCGAAGCCCUGCCGGCGCAGGCCCAGAUCCUUGAAAUCGGCAGUGGUGAAGCCCGGCAGAUCACACCUGCUCCAACCUCAUAA